AUGUCUGAAGCCAACAUUUCUCAUGGGCAAACAGCUUUCGAGGGCAGCUUGUGCAGGGAAAAUCCAGAACGUACCUUUGAUUUGGUACUGAAGGUAAAAUGCCAAACCUCUGAGAAUGAAGAUCCAGUGGUACUGUGGAAGUUCCCGGAGGACUUCGGAGACCAGGAAGUGUUGAACAGUGUUCCAAAGUUCUGCUUUCCUUUUGACGUUGAAAGGGUGUCCCAAAACCAAGUAGGACAGCAUUUCACCUUCGUGCUUACCGACAUUGAAAGCAAGCAAAGGUUUGGAUUUUGCCGCCUGACGUCGGGAGGCAAAGUCUGCCUCUGUAUUCUGAGUUACUUACCAUGGUUUGAGGUGUACUACAAGCUGUUAAAUACCCUGGCGGAUUAUUUGGCUAAAGAACAGGAAAAUGACUCAAAUGAUUUGCUAAAAUCACUGUAUAGCCAUCCUGUGCCAAAGGCAAACGCUCUUGUCAGUUUAAGUGUGAACCAAGAGAUGAUUUUUGCAAGUGAGCGAGUUUUGAAAAAACAGCCUUUUCUUGUCUCGCACUCAUACUUCAUUACUCCUGAUAUAACUGGAUUGCCAACAAUCCCUGAAAGUAGAAACCUCACUGAAUAUUUUGUUGCUGUGGAUGUGAACAACAUGCUGCAACUUUAUGCCAGUAUGUUGCAUGAGAGACGAAUCAUUAUUACCUCUAGCAAACUAAGCACUUUAACUGCUUGCGUUCAUGCGUCAGCUGCGUUGUUGUAUCCGAUGUAUUGGCAGCACAUUUACAUCCCAGUGCUUCCUGCCCAUCUCCUGGACUACUGCUGUGCACCAAUGCCGUAUCUAAUUGGCGUCCACUUAAGCUUAAUAGAGAGAGUAAAAAAUAGAUCACUGGAAGAUGUGGUUUUGCUAAAUGUUGACACAAACGCUCUAGAAACCCCUUUUAAUGACCUGAACAACCUACCUAGUGAAGUGGUCUCGGCCUUGAAAAAUAAACUGAAAAAGCAGUCUACAGCUACGGGUGAUGGAGUAGCAAAGGCCUUUCUUCGGGCACAGGCAGCGCUGUUUGGAUCCUACAGAGAUGCACUAAGAUACAAACCAGGAGAACCUAUCACUUUUUGCGAAAAUAGUUUUGUAAAGCAUCGUUCCAGUACUACCAAACAGUUCCUGGAAACUGCUGUUAAUCUUCAACUAUUUAAGCAGUUUAUUGAUGGUCGACUAUCAAAAUUAAAUGCAGGAAGGGGAUUCUCAGAUGCUUUUGAAGAAGAAAUCACAGCAGGAGGCUUUUGUGGAGGAAAUUCAAGAUCUUAUCAGCAGUGGAUGCAUACAGUAAAGAAAGGUGGUGCACUGAUCAACACAGCGAUGACCAAAGCCACUCCGGCUGUGAAAACAGCAUAUAAAUUUGCAAAAAAUCACGCAAAGCAAGGAAUAAAAGAAGUGAAGAGUAAGUUAAAACACAGGGAGAGUGAGGAAGAGUGUGGAACUUGCAGCUCUGGUGCCGUUCAGAGUGCUCCUGUCUACACCUUGCAUAAUGAGAAAAGAGGAAACUCAGAAAAACGAAGACUUGCGCAGACUCGUUUUAACCAGCAUCUCAGUAACCAUGACUUUGCAUUGGAUGAAGAUGAUGAUGGAAUGGACAGAACAAGCAAGUUAUCAUCAGAAGACAGUGAGGAAGCUUCUGCUUACUUUUAUGACAGCGAUGAUUCUGGUGAAACUGGAAUGCCUCCCCAGAACCAAGGAGAAAUGGACUUGCUCGGGGAGAUUUUGGACACACUGAGCACACACAGUUCAGAUCAAGGAAAGCUCUCAGGAGCAAAGAGCCUGGAUUUUUUUAGAUCAAUGGAUGAUAUUGAUUACAAGACCACGAACAAGUCUAAUGCACCUAGUGAGAGCAACCUCACCCUGCUCUGCAGCAGUAAUGACCAAGCAGACUGGAAUCUCGGUCAGGAUGACAGUGUCCUCCAUGGGAAACAGCUCCCUCCAUCACCAAGGAAGCAAGUUUCUUCUAGUGGCAAUAGAGAAUCUCUCUCAAAGCUGGAAGAAGAAAGUAGUGACCAAACCUUUAUUACUGACAAGAUGAAAGUCCCUCGUGGUUGGGUAACGUCCCCAUCUCCAGUACGAUCAAGUGCCCAGUUUGCUUCUCAAGACGAUUGCCAAGCAGGGUACUCUUCCUGUAAGUAUGCAAAGCAGAAUGCAACACUAAGCAAUACCUCAGAGGCUCAGCUCCCAGCAAGUCUUGCUCAACAUCCAUCCAUUCUGGUCCCUUGGGAAAAAGAUGGGAAAGAAGGAAAUGAAACUUCAGAAGAGGGUGGCCUUCUUCAAGAAGUGGUAUCAUUAUGUAAACUGACUUCUGCUUUUCAUUAUGGUUUGAAUAUUUCAAAAGAUAAUUUAUCCAGCAGUAGCAGUGGAAAUAAAACAUAAGAAAACUAUGACAAGAGAAACUUAAGUCCCAUCUGAAGUUAAAGGGGGACUACUCAGGACUCCAUCUAACUCCAUAAACAUAAUAACCAAAA